AUGAUCACGGAGGCCUUUCAGGGGGUCCUGGUCGAGUCAACCAUGACCUUUGUCGUAUUUAACGGUGACGACUGCCCAUCUCAAUCGGCUCCCCCCAUCUCCCAAGUUCUCAACAAUCAGCCCCCGAACCCGCGCCAUCACCAAUUCGAUCGUCGCAACAACCAGAUCCAUUGGGGAUCAUGCGCCCACCUCGGCGUCAACGACACCGACUACCUGUUCUGUGGUAAAUUGGCUGUCCCACUCGACUAUACUGAUGACUCCGCGGCCGAAAUGCUCGAUAUCCAGCUCAUGAGAAUUCCUGCCGCCGAGACCCCGAAGAGGGGGAGCGUGUUUAUGAACUUUGGCGGUCCCGGCGGCAGUGGAAUAUUGGAAAUGGCCUACUAUGGCCGUCUUUUCAGAAUGCAUGUAACUCUCUCCGGGGGUUCUUACGAUAUCAUCAAUGUCGUUCCUCGUGGAACUGGAAAUACCUUACCCUUCUCCUGCUACGCAACCCAGGAUGAAAGGACGGCGGCCGAAAGUACAGCUCUGUUUUCUACAAACGCCUCGGACGUCGCUCUCGGAAGGGUCUGGGCUGAGGCUGAGCUCCGGGCGGAGGCAUGUCGACAGGUCCAAAACGCGGCCGGAUCGCUCAUCGGAACCGCAUUCACUGCACGAGACAUCAUGUCAGCGGUGGACGUACUUGAAGAAGACGGCAAGCUGAGAUACUGGGGAAUGUCGUAUGGCUCGGUGCUGGGCGCCACCUUGAUUUCCAUGUGGCCCGAUAGGGUCGACCGAGUCUUGCUGGAUGACGUCAUGAAUUCACACGAGUAUUACCGAGAGGACUUGGAACAAGUCACGGACGUGGAUAGCGCAUUCUCUGGGUUCUGCUCCCAGUGCGUUGUUGCGGGUGACCGCUGCCCUAUAGCAGGUAACCGCACUGCAGGUCAGCUCGAGGAAGACAUCUACGCCGCUCUCGAUAAGCUCAAGUACAAUCCGAUUCCACUAACCCUCCCUAGUGGAGCGGGGAUUAUGGUCGACUACCCGACCCUGAAGGGCAUGAUCUACAGUGAUAUGUACUUUCCAAUACGCUGGCCCCGCUUGGCCCAGGCUCUUGAGGUUUUGAUAACCGGGAAUGCCACCGGGAUCCUCACUCAACUAGGCAGUGCAGCUACCGGGUUGGCUGGUGAGAGCCCACUUGAUGCGGAUGCUGUCCUUGGAAUCAAAUGCGGCGACAAGCAAAUACGCUCAGAGCGUAUCGACGACGUCAUGCCUGGAGUCGAUACCAGGUGGGCACUGAGCAGACUUGGCGGCGACGUUUCCGACAUUAGUGCUAUCCAAUGCUCACGAUGGAAAAUGGACGCCAAAGAGCGAUACGCCGGCGACUUUCGCGUAGAUCCAGCCUACCCUGUGCUCCUCAUCAGCACGCAGCACGACCCCGUCUCACCGCUUGUAUCGGCGAAAAACAUGAGCUCUAGUUGGAAGGGAAGCGUUGUACUUGAGCAGGAAGGUUACGGGCAUACCAUCUUGCCGCAGGCCUCGAAAUGCACGGCAGAGAGGACGAUUGCGUAUUUUGAGCGCGGGGAACUCCCGGAGCCGGGGACGGUUUGCCCUGUCGACUCGCUGCCCUUCUCUGACUACGACGGGUGGGCCACCGUCCUCCAAGAGUUGCACGCGCUCUAG